AUGAUGAGGAAAAUUCAGGUUAUCCAAACACGUAAACUGGGCUCGGUUGUCAACCCAAUCAUAUACAAGCUUGAUCAAGCAUUGAUCAUGACGUUCCUCGGUACCCGAAGCAAAUGCCCACCGCAUACUCAUGAAGAAAGGUGUAGAAAACGAUAUGACAACUUCGGGGAAAACUAUGUCGUGAAUAUGACAACAAAAUCAGACGUUGUUUCGAAAAAGACUGGGCUACGCCUAAACAGCUACUGUCAGUUUUGCAACGCACUUUUUACACAUAGCAUGAUCGCCAAAGUCUAUCGAAUCCCGUAA